AUGUUCAAUAUUUUACUAGGAAAGGUUAAAGACCAAAUUUCAAAACAAGAUACAGCUAUGAGAGAGGCAUUAACACCGAGAAUUAAAUUAGAAAUAGCAUUAAGAUUUCUAGCAACCGGAGACUCAUAUACAUCUCUACAAUAUUUAUACAGGGUUUCAAAAUCUGCUAUUAGUGAAUUUAUGCCUGAUGUUUUCGAUGCAAUAUAUGCAGGAUUAAAAGAAUUUAUCCAGGUUCCAAAAACAAAAAAUGAUUGGGACAGUAUUGUUCAUGGUUUCAAUUUAUCGUGGAAUUUUCCGAAUUGUUUUGGAGCAAUUGACGGAAAACACAUUAUAAUUGAAUGUCCAGCGAAUUCGGGAUCUAAUUUUUAUAACUACAAAGGCAGUUUUAGUAUUGUGCUCUUGGCACUGGUAGAUCACAGCUAUAAUUUUACCUGCAUCGAUGUUGGUGCUUAUGGAAGUGCAUCAGAUGGUGGUAUUUUUAGUAAAUGUACACUAAAAAAGGCUAUUGAAGAAAAUCAAUUAAAUUUGCCAGAUGAAGCUGUGAUGUUGGGCGAUGAAGCAUUUCCAUUAACAAAAUAUCUGAUGAAGCCAUAUCCAAGGCGUAACAUUUUAACAAAGAAACAAAAAAUAUAUAAUUACAGACAUUGUCGGGCUAAGCGGAUUGUGGAAAACAGUUUUGGUAUUUUGUCAAGCAGAUUCAGAGUGUUUAGACGACCGCUACGUCUUUUACCAAGUACUGUAGUCAAACUUGUUAAGGCUGCAUGUUCUCUCCACAAUUGGAUCAGAAAAAGUGGUUUAAAUCAAACAAUAGAAAUCAUUCUAGAUAUUGAAGAUCUAGAGAAUGGUAUACUCAUCCCUGGACAAUGGAGAAAAGAACCACAAUCCACUGGAGUCAUAAACAUAGCAGCAACAAGUCAACGUAAUUAUUUAAAUGAAGCAAAAGACAAAAGAGACAGUUUGGCUGAUUAUUUUAUGGGGGAAGGUGCAGUUACAUGGCAGGAUCGAAUGAUUGAAUAA